GUCUCCUUGUCUUCGGAGGAGUUGUCGGGACAAAUCGGAGGCGACCGAUCCCAAUCUCUCUCUUCUCCCUCUCCGUCAUGGCCGAGCCGCCGCCGUCGCAGUCGCCGGCGCAGACGCCGCCGCCGCCGCAGCAGCAGGCUCCCGGGUCGGGCGGGCGCGAGGACAUGCUGGCGUGCGUGGCGGCGCUGGAGGCGGCGCUGCUGCCCUGCCUCCCCGCGCGCGAGCUCCAGGCGGUCGACCGCUCCCUCCAGUCCUCCCACCAGAUUGAUGUUGAGAGGCACGCCAGGGACUUCAUGGAGGCUGCCAAGAAGCUCCAGUCUUACUUCAUUAGCCUGCAGCGCGAGGACCAACCAACAGCAGAAGAUGUGCUUCGGAAGGAGAUUACUACAAUGGAGGAAGAACUGAAGACCAAGUCUGAGCUUAUUGCCAAGCACAAGAAGCUGAUUGAAGGGUGGCGGAAAGAACUGAAGGAGCAGCUGGGGAAGCACAUCACUGAGCUCGAAAGAGUGUGAGAAGUAUGAUUCUGCAGUUUACCUUGAAAUGAUCAUGAACUGUGUACAUCAAGUAGACCACCCACUGUUAACAUGUUUUUAGGAUGACAAGUCAAGCUAACGGUCAGUUGCCUUUUGGUUCUCUGUUGUGGUAAGACGGGAACAAAGCCCCCCUAUUGAUGCUUGAUGUAUUUGCUUAUGGUCUAUGCAGUUGUAUUAGGUAUGAUUUUCGUAUUUUGUUGUCUUUGUGCGAAAAAUGCAUGAAUAGAACUGUGUAGAUUGCCUCAAA